AGCUGGACGAAGUGGGGCUCGAGUGCGGCGUUGGCGGAGCCGAGCCGCGGCAGGCUGGCAGCAGAUGGGCUGCGGGAGCGCUGCCGCCGUGUGAGGUUCUCCGAGCGCGCUUGUGUGCGGGCUGCGCGGGGAUCCUUUGUCUGCUGCCGCCGCUUUUCCCUCCUCCCUCCCCUCCCUCCCCUCCUUCCCUCCUUUCUUUCCCUCCUCCAUCCAUUCCCUCGUUUCCUUCUUCCUAUUCCUGCUUCUCCUCCCUCCUCGUCUUUCUCGCUCCCUCCCUUCGCUCCCCUCUCUCCCAGACUCCCAGCGCUGCAGCAGCUGCAGGUUUGUAAAUACUGGACCAACACACACAACAUGGCUGACGCUCGCCCUGCUCCUCCACCAGGGUCUCCGCCUUCUCCCUCUGUCUCCGCCGUUUAGCCUCUCCUCCGGUUAGGCUUUUGUUUCUUCCCCCUCCCCCUUCAUCUCCCAUCCAAAAAAAGGAAAAACAAUUCACCCUCCUUAUUGCGCGCAUGGCGGGAUUUCAAGGAGUACUGUAAUUGGAAGUGCGUCUUCUGUACUUGAGGAAGGACAAAUUCAUGAUUGAAUGGUGGAUUAAUAAGUAGCUGUCUUAUUCAGAGUUGAAGAAAAUAGCCACAGAGUUGGGAAGAACUGGAUUUUCACCCUAGUACAGCAGCUUUGCUGCUCACUUAAACACAGAUGAAUGAAGACCCCAUUUGGAAAAUCACCAGGUCAGCGGUCCAGAGCUGAUGCAGGUCAUGCAGGAGUGUCUGCCAGCAUGAUGAAGAAAAGAACUUCCCACAAAAAGCAUAGAAACAAUGUGGGACCAAGCAAACCUAUUUCUCAGCCGCGAAGAAAUAUUGUAGGCUGCAGAAUACAGCAUGGAUGGAAAGAAGGAAGCGGACCUGUAACACAGUGGAAGGGCACAGUUCUUGAUCAAGUUCCUGUAAACCCCUCUCUCUAUCUUAUAAAGUAUGAUGGAUUUGACUGUGUGUAUGGACUAGAAUUGCACAAAGAUGAAAGAGUUUCAGCACUUGAAGUUCUUCCAGACAGAGUUGCUUCAUCUCGAAUUAGUGAUGCCCACCUGGCAGACACUAUGAUUGGUAAAGCUGUGGAACAUAUGUUUGAGACAGAGGAUGGCUCAAAAGAUGAAUGGAGGGGGAUGGUUUUGGCUCGAGCUCCUAUUAUGAACACAUGGUUUUAUAUUACCUAUGAGAAAGAUCCUGUCUUGUAUAUGUACCAGCUUUUAGAUGAUUAUAAAGAAGGUGACCUUCGCAUUAUGCCUGAUUCGAAUGACUCACCUCCUGCAGAACGGGAACCAGGUGAAGUUGUGGACAGCCUGGUAGGCAAACAAGUGGAAUAUGCCAAAGAAGAUGGCUCAAAAAGGACUGGCAUGGUCAUUCAUCAAGUUGAAGCCAAACCAUCUGUCUAUUUCAUCAAGUUUGAUGAUGAUUUCCAUAUUUAUGUCUACGAUUUGGUGAAGACAUCCUAGACAUCAUUGUGAACUUUUUGCCAAAUUUGUGGAACUAUUAAAUGUAAAAUUUGUAGACACAAAGACUUGACUGCUUUCCAGUUUAAUGAAAGCUUAAAUGUCCCUGCGAACCCGCAAUCUCUGCCAGCAAAACUGUUUUGUUCUGAAUAAUAUAAACAAACAUUGACAUAUUUUGUGUUAAGAGAACUCCUUUUCUUCAAGGAAGUCAAUAUAUUUGGGCAGGAGGGAGCUAAAAGCGAAGAACAGCUGCAAAUUCAAGCUGUGUGAAGUUGAUCUAGUAAUGUAAUCAAUCUAAAUUUUUUUUCAUAGAUUAUAACUUUUUCUUCAACCUUGCACUCACUUGUUCAACUGCUACAUGCAAGUGUAGUUUGAUAUUUUGAUAUGCCUUCUUUUGUAACAUUAAAUUUAGUUGCUUGGCUACUGGCAGCCCUUGUUUUCAGGGUUGGGACAGAGGUGACUAUUCUGAAAAGUCUAAACGGUUUGUGCAGCAUUGAGGAGUGCCUAACCCAAGUAACACCAAUCUGCUGUGUUUCUACACUUUAUUUCAAAUUUAGCUUUCUAAGAACUUGUAGUACAUGGAAAUACUUGGUGCAUUUCUGCUAGUAACAGGGCAGUAGGAUAUCAAGCAUUUGACUUACGCACCUUUCAGUGAAAAGGCUUUAAACUGUAAAAAUAUAUUUAAUCUGUAUAAGCAGUUAAUUAGAAAAUGCAGGUCAGUGGUCCAUAUUUGCAAGUUGUAGAAACCAGUAAAAUACACACAACAAGGCUGCCUUUGAUCCUAAAUGUACUUCUUUUUUUGUUCUUAGCAAAACCCAAGUGCUUGGUGCCACAACUUCAACAGUAUAUAUGCUACUUCAGAAGACUUUAGACUACACAUUGGCAAUUGGUAGUCCGUCACUGAAUUUCAAAACCUAGCAACCUGAAUGUUUGUAUGUGGACGUAGAAGCCUAACAGUUGUUAGUAUUACACAUGGUAAAUGCAAUCUCAUGCCGGGGUGGUGGAAGGGACUGUCCUUUUACAUCAAAGACUCACUUUAGAGAAGGAGAAGCAUUUGUUGCCUUCUGCUCAGUCUGUUGCAUUCCUUUCAUUUGUUUUGUUUUAACCAUUUUGGUUCAAGAAGGCAUUUCCCAAAUCUAUUCUUUCUUCUGGCUUUUCCACAUAAGGAGUGUCCAGACAAAUCUGCAGCUUAAACCCGUUGUUGCCUUUUGUGAUGUACAUUGUACUUGCUUUGAGAUACGCUGUUAACAUGAGUUUCAUUCUAUGAACACUAGAGUUCUGCAUGCCAGUGGUGUACUAUCUAAUACAAGCUAUAGGCAGUCUCAGUGGUUCAGUCAUCUGCAUUAGUUUGUGGAUGUAAAUAGCAGCCCACAACAGCAAAAUCCUUUCAUGGUUUUAAUCUUGCAACAUAGACGUAAAUGAAUACUACUUUUUUUUAAGUGUGACAGUUUCUAAAAGUAUCAAAAUUGCAACAGUGAUCAGCACAGCAACAAAACUGUAAGGUUACAUUAAGGCAGAGCUCUGCAAAUUUCAAAGAACUACUUUAUAGGAAUACAAUAUGUGAAGACAACACUUGAUGGAAGGAGCAAAUACUCUGAUAUCCAACUGUAUGCCAUAGUGAAAGGAUGCAAGAGAGGUGCUGUUAAUGAGACAUCAGAGGUCCAGAUGACCUCUAUUGUGGGUAUUCUUGAUACUGAAGACUAAGUGAUUUAACCCCCUUUCUGUCUGUUCUGCUUAUUCGUUUGGGUUUUUGUUUGUUGGGGUUUUUUUUUGUGGGUUUUUUUGCCUGACGUCAUAUUCUAGCCUUAAGGCUUGUGCCUCAUUAUGCUGUUGAAUGGUAAUAAACACUCUCCAUAUAAAUAUGGUACCUUAAUUCUUUGUCCAUUGCUACUAUAUUGCAUUAUGUCCAGUAUUUCAUUACAGGCAACCAAAGGCAGGCUAUUGUCUUUCAGUGAAUAGCUUCUCAGCGCAGUCCUAAGUACCUGAGUAGUAAAUGUUCCUUGUGUUUUGAACAAAGUGAGCAGAUUUGCAACACAGUGUUUUCAUCCUGCAGAUCUGUUAUGUGUUUUCUAUUGACUCUUAAGAGUCCUGCAUGUAAAUCUCAAAGCUGAGCCUGGCUCCAUGAGCCCAAGUUGAUAUUUGUGGCACAAGAAUGAGUGAGUGUAUUAAUUACACACAAGAUACAUGAAUAACAUAGUACACUGAACUUUGGGCUAUAUAUCUGAGAAAUACAAGGUUUGUUUUGAAAUGUCUGAGGUUUAGGUCUACUGAAACAUUUUUAGCAUUAGGCUUGCAUUUGUGGGUUUCCUGCAAGCCUCUGGAAUACACCCAUGUAUUCUGCCAAUUAGAAUAUAAUCUAGUAACUGUAAAUUUUCCGGUUGUUUUUGAUGUCCCCAUUGUCUGUUGAGUGGGUAUUUCUUCUUGGUUUUGGGUUUUUGUUUUUUUUUUUUUUUCCUCUCUUUACCUUUUUUUUUUUUUUUUUUUUUUUUUUAAUAGCUUAAACCACCCUUUUGAGGCUUGAGACUAAUUCCACUCCCUGCCCAUCUGCUUUGGGCUUUGUUUUAGGCUCAUGUUUCAGAUCUGCAUGCAGUGCUUGCGUUACCCUGGUAACUAAAUGUUGGUUCCUUGUUAUAGGGGUUCAACAUUACUUUCCAAAAUCACAUAGGGCUUGUGAUGGCACAAGCCAUGGAUCUUUGUAUAAAAGUUACUUGCCUUUCACAUUUACCUGCUGUAGUAUUGUUGUAUAUUGUGUGUGUGCGUGUGUGUGAUGUCAGGCUGCCAUGUAAAACUUUUAAAAGGGGAAAAAAAAACCUACACCUUAAAUGCAGACCAUCUUUUUUUGCAUGCUUAGAGGGUUAGAACAUUCAAUGUAACAAACUGAAGUUGCAUGUUAAAAUGUUUAGGUUUUUGUUUUGUUCUGUUUUUAUUUUGUGUUCAGUUUUUUGUGAAUUUGCUUAUUGUGCUGUUUUAAUGGUUGUUAGUAGGAUUAAAUGCACCGGUGAGACGAGCAUAGUGCCAACAGAAGGUAAUUUUCCAGUUGUAUGUGUCAUACAGCAUUUGAAGGGACCAUGUAUUCUGUUACAGAAAAAAAUAAAAUUGCUGUUGUUUAGCAAAAUACUACAUUUUUCUUCUUUCUUUUGAGUGCCAAACCCUAAACUGUGUUGGAGGAAACUGGGGAAAACCUUUUUUGUUGCAACAGGUGGAAGCCUUCUUUAAAUUAAUUCUGUAGAAAUGGAGGCUUGAUCUUCAGAUAGAUUCUAGAGUAGAUGCUUCAGGGAAAAAAAUUACAUUAAAAACAGUUUCUGGUUCCUUAAAAAUGCUGUGCUUUUUGUAUUUUACAUCAUUAGUGCAAUUUGGAUGGUUCUUGGUAUGUGUAUAAUUCAAAGGUCUUCGUGUUCACAUUUUAAAAUUAGGUAAUGACCUCAUCUUUAGAGCUUGGUUUCAUUAUUUUUACUUUAUUUUGAACAAUGUAGACAGUUCCCUGUUCUCUGCAUUUAGAAGUAUAAACACUUUAAAUCUGUUACUUAAUUCUGUAAGUAAUUUUUUAUAAUUAUGAUGUAACUCUAUCCUUAAAACAUUUAAAAUAAACCCUUUAUGUGCAACUUACGACUGCAAA